AUGCGGGCCAUCCCCGCACGCCCCCAGUUGCAGCGCACUUUCCACUCCACCCGACCCUCGCAGAUUGAAGAAGCCUACAUCCUGAGUGCAGCUCGCACGCCAACUGCCAAGUUCAAUGGUCCCUUCGCGACCGUCUCCGCCCCCCACCUCGGCGCCACCGCCAUCCGCGCCGCCCUCACCAAAUCGCACGUCCCGAUUUCCGAGAUCACCGACCUGUACAUGGGCAAUGUGCUCUCCGCCAACAUCGGCCAAUCGCCCGCCCGCCAAGCAGCCAUCUUCGCUGACCUGCCCACCUCGCUCGACUGCACGACAAUCAACAAAGUGUGCGCCUCCGGGCUGAAGGCGGUGGCGUUGGCGGCGCAGAACAUCCAGCUGGGGCUGGCGCGCGCUCAGAUCGCCGGCGGGAUGGAGAAUAUGUCGCGGGUGCCGUACUACCUGCCGCGGAGCGCGCAGCUACCCCCGUUCGGCGACAUCAAGCUGGAGGACGGGCUGAUCAAGGACGGGCUGUGGGACGUGUACAACCAGAUCCACAUGGGGAUUUGCGCGGAGACGACGGCCAAGAAGCUCAGCGUGAGCCGCGAGGAGCAGGACGACUACGCCAUCCGCAGCUACGAGCGCGCGCAGGCCGCGUGGCAGGCCGGCAAGUUCGCGGCUGAGGUGGCCCCGGUCACGAUCAAGGACAAGAAGGGCAAGGAGACGGUGGUGGAUAAGGAUGAGGGAUUUGAGAAUCUGCGCGCUGAUAAGCUGCGGGGCUUGAAGCCCGCCUUCCUCCGCGACGGCACGGGGACGGUCACGGCGGGUAAUGCGAGCACCAUGAACGACGGGGCGUCAGCGCUGGUGCUGGGCAGUCGCGACGUGGCCCGCGAGUAUGCCGGCGAUGGCAACCCGGUGCUGGCGCGCGUGGUGGCCGCGGCGGAUGCGGCGGUGGAUCCGGUGGAUUUCCCCGUGGCGCCGGCCAAGGCGGUGCCGAUCGCGCUGCAGCGGGCGGGCAUCACGAAGGAGCAGGUUGCGGUGUGGGAGUUCAACGAGGCCUUUGCUGCGGUCAUCAAGGCGAACGAGAAGAUUCUGGGACUGGAGAAUGCUCGGGUGAACCCGCUCGGCGGGGCUAUCUCGCUGGGCCAUGCGCUGGGCAGCUCAGGGUCGCGGAUUCUGGUGACGCUGCUGCACCAGUUGCAGCCGGGCGAGUAUGGGGUGGCUGCGAUCUGCAAUGGAGGAGGAGCGGCGACGGCGAUGGUGGUGCAGCGAGUCGAGCGGGUCUGA